AUGCCCAGAUCUCUGUGGCUGGGCUGCUCCAGCCUGGCGGACAGCAUGCCCUCGCUGCGAUGCCUGUAUAACCCAGGGACUGGCGCACUCCCAGCUUUCCAGAAUUCCUCUGAGAGAGAAGACUGUAAUAAUGAUGAGCCCCCUAGGAAGAUCAUUCCCGAGAAGAAUUCACUUAGACAGACCUACAACAGCUGUGCGAGACUGUGCUUAAACCAGGAAACAGUAUGUCUAGGAAGCACUGCUAUGAAGACUGAAAAUUGUGUGGCCAAAACAAAACUUGCCAAUGGCACUUCCAGUAUGAUUGUGCCCAAGCAAAGAAAACUGUCUGCAAGCUAUGAGAAGGAGAAGGAACUCUGCGUCAAGUAUUUUGAACAGUGGUCUGAGUCUGACCAGGUGGAGUUUGUGGAGCACCUCAUCUCCCAGAUGUGUCACUACCAGCAUGGACAUAUAAACUCAUACCUCAAACCCAUGUUACAGCGGGACUUCAUCACUGCACUGCCAGCUCGGGGAUUGGAUCACAUUGCUGAGAACAUUCUGUCAUACCUGGAUGCCAGAUCAUUGUGUGCUGCUGAGCUGGUGUGCAAAGAGUGGUACCGGGUGACGUCGGAUGGCAUGCUGUGGAAGAAGCUCAUCGAGAGAAUGGUCAGGACAGACUCCCUGUGGAGGGGCUUGUCAGAGAGGAGAGGAUGGGGACAAUAUCUAUUUAAAAAUAAACCUCCUGAUGGGACUGCCCCACCCAACUCCUUCUACAGAGCACUUUACCCCAAAAUUAUACAGGACAUAGAGACAAUAGAGUCAAACUGGCGGUGUGGAAGGCACAGUUUACAGAGAAUCCACUGCCGAAGCGAGACAAGCAAAGGGGUUUAUUGUUUACAGUAUGAUGAUCAGAAGAUAGUAAGUGGCCUACGAGACAAUACUAUCAAGAUCUGGGAUAAGAAUACAUUGGAAUGCAAGCGAAUUCUCACCGGACACACGGGUUCUGUCCUGUGCCUCCAGUACGAUGAACGGGUUAUCAUUACUGGAUCUUCAGACUCAACAGUCAGGGUAUGGGACGUGAAUGCAGGCGAGAUGCUGAAUACACUGAUUCACCACUGCGAAGCAGUACUGCACCUCCGCUUCAAUAACGGCAUGAUGGUGACAUGUUCCAAAGACCGUUCCAUUGCUGUGUGGGACAUGGCUUCACCAACAGACAUCACCCUGAGGAGGGUGCUAGUAGGGCACCGAGCUGCCGUCAACGUAGUGGACUUUGAUGACAAGUACAUUGUAUCAGCAUCAGGUGACAGAACUAUAAAGGUAUGGAACACUAGUACCUGCGAAUUUGUGCGCACCUUAAAUGGCCACAAACGAGGCAUUGCAUGUCUGCAGUACAGAGACAGGCUAGUAGUGAGCGGCUCUUCAGAUAAUACUAUCAGGCUGUGGGAUAUCGAGUGUGGGGCGUGUUUACGAGUGCUGGAAGGCCAUGAAGAGUUGGUGAGAUGCAUACGCUUUGAUAACAAGAGGAUAGUCAGUGGGGCAUAUGAUGGGAAGAUUAAAGUGUGGGAUCUUGUGGCUGCUUUGGACCCCCGUGCUCCAGCUGGGACCCUCUGCUUGCGAACCCUUGUGGAGCAUUCUGGAAGAGUCUUUCGACUGCAGUUUGAUGAGUUCCAGAUCGUCAGCAGCUCACAUGAUGACACCAUCCUCAUCUGGGAUUUUCUGAAUGACCCAGCUGCCCAAGCAGAAUCCACUCGUUCCCCAUCCAGAACAUACACCUACAUCUCAAGAUAAAUAACACUACACUGUACCUCACACUCGCACAGGUAAAAAAAAAAAAAAAA